GAGGGCCACCGCCCCCCAUUGAUAGGAGAAGUCACCUGCUCCGGCACCGGCCCUUAACCCUCAGGGCAGCUGCAGAAUGGAACAUGGAUCCCUCCUGAUUCCAUUUUUGGCCCAAUGUUCUUCACAGUCAAGCUGCUUCUGGGCCAGCGAUGCAGCCUAAAGGUGUCAGGGCAAGAGAGUGUGGCCAUGCUGAAGAAGCUGGUGUCGGAGCGACUGCAGGUGCCCGAGGAGCAGCAGCACCUGCUCUUCCGAGGCCAGCUUCUGGCCGAUGACAAGCGUCUCUCUGACUACCGCAUCGGGCCCAACGCCUCCAUCAAUGUCAUGAUGCGGCCCUUGGCAAAGUCCACUGCCGGGGAGGCCCGCCAGCCCCAGCCCCUGUGGCACCAUCUGGGCCUGGUCUUAGCCAAACACUUUGAGCCCCAGGACACCAAGGCGGUGCUGCGGCUGCUGAAGCAGGAGCACCAGGAGCGCCUGCAGAGGAUAAGCCUGGGUGACCUGGAGCGGCUGGCGCAGUGCCUCCUGGUAGAGGAGCCGGUAGUGGAGCCCCCGGGGGAGAAGGAGCCUGAGGCUGAGACCUCGGUGCCCCAAGACAAGGAGGAGGAGGAGGAAGCAGAGGAAGAGGAGGAGGGGAAGGCUGAUCAGUAAACUGGCCCAUCCUACUCAUUUGCAUGUUCAAA